UAUAUUUUGAAUUCAGUAGCGCACAGUUCGUUACUGCAUAAAUAUCUUGUAUGCUGUGCAAUAAAUCAUUAUAAUUUAUUAAAUCGUCUGUAGUUUGAUGCUGUGUUUUAAUUUCGGAGAUUUAAUAAAAUAUCGGUUUUAUAUGAAAUCCACAACUAUCAACGUAUUUAUUGCAGAGAAUUUGUUAAUUAUUUAAUAUUGUUUACUGCUAUAUUUGCAGUAUUUUUUACAAUGAAGAUAAUAUGGAUUACUCCAUUAUUACUAAUCCAGAGUUACCGUACAAUUGGUCUACAUUUACAAGAUGAAUACAACCAAUAUUCGUUUUACCAGAAGAGACCUUUAAGUCCUCGACCAUUGGAUACAAUGGCAGACUUAACGAAUGACCUUGGAAUAUGUGUUUUGCGAGUAAUAGCUGCUGGUGGUGCGAUUGGAAAUAUUGCAUUUUCUCCUUUUGGUUUAAUGGCAGUAUCAGUUCUACUUUAUGAAGGAUCGAGUGGAUAUUCUGCUUUACAAAUAAAACAAUCUCUUAAUUUACCUUGGGAAAUCCUUGCUGUCAGAAUCGGAGUUCGGGAUUUAAAUCGCUAUCUUAAAACAUAUUUCAAAAGUGAUGGAUUUUUGAAUGGCCUAACUAUGAGUAGAGAAGAAGUAUGUCUUAGGCCACAGUUCAAACGAGUACUUCGACUAUACGGUUUUGAUGAUCCCAAUAGUUUUCUUUUCGAUUCGUGCCCUGAAAAAGCUACGACAACAAUGCAACCAUUGCAACCCAUGUCUGUUACUACACAUGGUACUGUAGUGACAGAAAUGACCCCAACUAGCCAAAUAAUUCAAGUUUCAACUAAUAUUACGAAUGGAUCAGCUAGUGAUACAUCGAUCGUAACAACUGAACUUCCAGCCAAAGUAACUUACAUGGGUGAUGCUAGUUUUACUAUAUCUAAUAUCGAUACAAACACUAAUCUACCGAUGAAUUCUCAAACGGUCACUAUGAUCGUUGAUAUUGAUACACAACCUCAUACAAUGCCAUUAGAAUUUUCAACUAAUCAAGCAACGACAACAGUUCUUACCAAUGAACAAGAACCAAAAUCAUCUAAUGAAAUAGAAGUGACUAGUACAAAACUAAACGAGUCAUUAACGACUGAGGAAAUCAUUGUAAGCACUACACCUAUUAUCUCUGACGAUCCUAUGACAGGGGCAGCUACAGUAACACAAACGAACAUAGAUUUUAAAAGUGGAGAAUUGAAUUUACCAAUCAAAAAAAAUCCUGAAUUAAUAAAUAAUAGUAAAUCUCCAACUAGUCCUACAGACAUUUUUACUACUACGUUGUCGCAGCACGAAAGUACAACCGAUAGUUUAUCCUAUAUUACAAUCGAAGACGUGUUUACAAGUGUGAACAAUGAAAUUAUUUCACCGAGUAACUCUUAUGUUACGCCUCAUAAAGAUAAUCCCGAUAUUACGAUUAUUGCAUCAACGGAGAUCCCAUUCAAAACUACUGUUAAUAACGAACUUAAUGUGCCACACACUGAAACGGAAGAUAAAUACCCUUUUCUCGGAAAUACUGUGGAAUCCAUGAUGACCACAAACAAUGAAUUAAAAACAGAUUCAGACGAAACGACUAAAAGCAUGGACGUUGUACGUCCAUCAUCACCAUCAUCAUCAUCAUCACAAAUAAUUUCAUCAAGAAAUCCUAUAAUUAACAAUGAUGGCGCCACUAUGCAGAUUGAAUCGAAUACUAUUCUUAAAAAAAUAACCGACCAAACAAUGUCAUAUACAAAUUCUAAAUUGAAUAACAAUCAAAUAACAACAGUUGCUGAUAAUUUAAAAUCAUCAACAGAUAUUCCAACGACUACGGUAAAUUCAAGUAAUGCGACUGAAAACGAAAUUAUAAGAGAAGCAGAAUCCAAUCAACAUUAUCAAAUAGCUUCUUUGGAAAAAAAGAGUGCAAGGUCUAUGGAAUCUAAUAGUAAUUUACCUACUUUCAACGUAGAGUUCGUGGUACGAAAAGAAGAUAUACGAAACAAUAACAAUCAUACAAGAAAAAGGACUAUUAUCAACCCUGAUAGGAUUUUGACGGAAUAUCCAUCAAAUUCGGGCGUUUCAAUUACACUUAGGGGUUCAAAGGAGCGUAGAAGAAGACAUUUGAAUCAGUAUCAAGGAUACAAUACAAAUCGAAACCAAUGGUUUAAUGGUUACAAGACUUAUGGACCUUCAUUUGGCUGGACGGAUAGAUCAUCCAAUCCAUUUGAGUCGAUUAAUUUGUUCAAUUCCGGUUAUCAACGUAUUCCAUUUUUUACGUAUACAGCAGUAUUGCCUUUUGGUUUUAUUUUCGAGCUAAAGUCACAAGUUAUCGAAAUACCUUUAGAUGACCCUAAGUACACAUUGAUGAUACUUAUGCCAAACCAUCCAGACGGUCUGUCUGAGCUGCUGCUACUGUUGCCGUCCAUGUCUUUGCGCAACAUUCACAAUUCUCUAAAGCCAACGGCCGUUCACGCGACUGUACCCACAUUCAAAUAUACAGCCAAAGUGGAUUUGACUUCAGCUUUACAACAGAUUGGUAUCCAUGACGUGUUCUACAGGUACAGGGCGGACCUUUCGUUCAUGUCACCGGAUGCUCGGCUGUUCGUUAGUUCGGUCCAGCAAGUGGUGUCCGUGACGGUCAAAAAGUACAACACGCCACCGGUUUAUGAAAUCCAACGAAAAUACGUAGAACAUGAAUUUGUUGUGUCAAAACCAUUUGUUUACUUUGUGAUGGACCUACAUACCAAAGUCAGUCUUAUAGCUGGAGUAAUCACCGACCCAUUAGCAUCACCAAUUUGGAUUUGAUAUUAACAGAAUCACAGAUCUUAAAUACAAUUAAGGUUAUUAACAGUAUCAUGCAUGUUGUGAUACUGAUUUGUAAAAAAAUAAAUAAAUCAUGUAAAAACAAAAUAUGUCAAAAAACAUUUGUUAUUUAAUAAUGUCAGAAGAACAUGAACAUCAUUACAAAAUAACAUUUAUUUAUUUGCCUUUCUUGGACUUGAUCUUCCUGUGGUAAAAUUCCAAUUCUUUGCCUUCUAAGAUGUAACCAUCA